UUAACAAAGAUCAUUUAUAAUCUAGCGAAAAAAAGAAAAAAAGAAAAAAAAAAAAAAAUCCAAAAAGCCGUGGCCGUUCUCAGUGGGAUCGUCGACGGCUGCGAGAGAGGAUUCAUGGAGGUGGUUUCCAAACUCUAAUCCUUUGGAACCAUGCUUCUUCUUCUUUUCAACAUUUUCAGUCCCAAACUUGUUCGUUCUUUUACUUCCUCUUCCAACGGUUCCUCUAAUACUCCAUGUCUUCAAACCUUAUUAAAAACCGGCUUCGCUCCUACUCUGAAAUCCAUCAAUCUCUUCUUCCGUUUUCUCUACCACAAUCGCAGAUUCGACUAUGUCAUCCAUUUUUUUUACCAAAUAAAUGCCAACCAAGUCAAGGGAAACUCCAAAACUCACUUGAUUCUCAUAUGGGCACUCCUCAAAUCCCACAAAUAUGACGAUGCAGAGCAAAUAUUGAAGACCCAGAUGCCGGUUUCUUCAAAUUUUCAUCGAAAUCGCCUUUGGAACUUGUUGAUACGAGGACUUUGUGUCAACAAAGAAGACCCAGAAAAGGCAUUGUGGGUAUUGCAGGAUUGCUUGAGAAAUCAUGGUAUUUUGCCUUCUUCUUUCACUUUCUGUGAGUUGAUUCAUAAAUUUUGUUCUCUUGGAAUGAUGGACAAGACAGUUGAAAUUCUAGAGCUAAUGUCUGAUGAGAAUGUGAACUACCCUUUUGAUAAUUUUGCCUGUAGUUCUGUAAUUUCUGGGUUCUGUAAUAUUGGAAAACCGGAAUUGGCUUUGAAGUUUUUCGAAAACGCUAAAACAUUGGGGAACUUGAAACCUAAUUUGGUGACUUAUACUGCGCUGAUUAGCGCACUCUGUAAGUUGCAUAGAGUUAAUGAAGUUUCGGAUUUGGUUUGUAAAAUGGAGAAGGAAAAUUUAGCAUUUGAUGUUGUUUUCUAUAGUUGUUGGAUUUGUGGGUAUAUUGCUGAAGGGUUGUUAUUGGAUGUUUUCAAAAGGAACAGGGAAAUGGUUGAGAAGGGAAUAAGACCUGAUAUGAUAAGUUAUACUAUUUUGAUACAUGCUCUUUCCAAGUUGGGAAAUGUGGAGAAGGCAUUUGGGAUUUUAGAGAGGAUGAAGAAGUUGGGAUUAGAACCUAGUUCGGUUACGUAUACGGUGAUUAUGCUAGGGUUUUGCAACAAAGGGAAACUGGAGGAAGCUUUCUCUCUUUUUGAAAUGGUUAAGGGUUUGGAGAUGGAGGUUGAUGAAUUUAUGUAUGCAACUCUGAUUGAUGGAUGUUGCAGAAAGGGAGAUUUUGAUCGUGUUUUUGGUCUUCUUGAUGAAAUGGAAACAAGAGGGAUGAAAUUGAGUCUUGUUACAUACAAUACUGUAAUUAAUGGACUUUGCAAAUGGGGGAGAACGUCUGAGGCAGAUAGACUAUCAAAGGGCUUACAUGGUGACGUUAUUACAUAUAGUACACUAUUACAUGGAUACAUUCAAGAACGAAACAUCACUGGAAUUUUUGAAACAAAGACAAGACUGGAAGAUGCUGGGAUUUCUCUGGAUGUUAUCAUGUGUAAUGUUCUGAUCAAAGCACUGUUUAUGGUUGGCGCAUUUGAAGAUGCUUAUAUACUCUACAAGAGAAUGCCAGAAAUUGGUCUGGCUGCAAAUUCUAUUACUUACCAUACAAUGAUUAAUGGAUAUUGUAAUAUUAGUAGGAUAGAUGAAGCAGUUGAGAUAUUCAAUGAGUUCAAGUUAGCGUCAUGUGCUUCAGUGGCUGUUUACAAUAGUAUUAUAAAAGCACUAUGCAGAGAAGGUCGAGGAGAAAAGGCCUUUGAGGUCUUUAUUGAACUGAACCUCAAAGUUCUGACUUUGGAUGUAAGUGUGUGUAAGUUGCUUGUCAGAACCGUUUUUGAAGAAAAAGGUGCAGCUGGGCUUUGCGAAGCACUGUAUGGGAUGGAAAAGGUGGAACAAGAUGUAUACAAUGUUACAUGCAAUGAUGCUAUUCGGUUUCUAUGCAAGAGAGGUUUCUCAGAGAUGGCGAGUGAAUUUUAUUCAAGGAUGAUGAGAACCCGUUUGCUUCUUGAAAAGAAAACAUUUUAUUUGCUCAUAAAAGCGUUGAAUAGUGAAGGAAAGACAUGGAUAAGUUGGCCUAUUUUCAGUAACUUUUUGAAAGAAUAUGGCCUAUCUGAGCCCAUUGUUAAGCAGAUUAUUGUAGAUUUUCAAUGCACGAGGUUCACUCUUCCAAAUUUAAAGAAAAUGGAAGAGAAAUUUUCAACAUUUAUGGUACCUGAUACCAUGUUUAAAGUGCUAGUAAGAGAAGGAAGAUUUUUUGAUGCUUAUAACCUUGUAGUGAAGCGUGGAAGUAAUCUGUUGCUUGGUGACAUAUUUGAUUAUUCUACUCUGGCUCAUGGUCUUUGUAAAGGUGGACAAAUGAGCGAAGCAUUGGAUAUUUGUGUUUUUGCCAAGACAAAUGGAAUGAAGUUGAAUAUUAUCUGUUAUAAUAUAAUCAUAAAGGGACUGUGCCUCCAAAGUCGUCUUAUCGAAGCAUUCCGGCUCUUUGAUUCACUGGAAAGAAUUGGCUUGAUACCUACUGAAAUCACAUAUGGGACUCUAAUUGACUCCUUAUGCAGAGAAGGAUACCUGGAAGAUGCAAGGCAGUUGUUUGAGAGGAUGAUCCCGAAAGGUCUUAGACCAAAUACUCAUAUUUACAAUUCACUGAUUGAUGGUUACAUCAGGAUUGGUCAAAUUGAAGAAGCCUUUCAGCUUUUGCAUGAAUUGGGGACAGGAGUUUUUAAUCCUGAUGAAUUCUCUGUGAGCUCUGCAAUUAAGGCUUAUUGCCGAAAGGGUGAUUUGGAAGGUGCUCUUUCAUUCUUUUUUGAGUUCAAGAAUAAAGGCAUUUUACCUGAUUUUUUGGGCUUCUUAUAUUUGAUAAGAGGUCUUUGUGCCAAGGGAAGAAUGGAAGAAGCAAGGGAUAUACUCUACGAGAUGAUACAGUCCCAAUCGGUAAUGGAGUUGAUUAGCAAGGUUGAUACUGAGAUCAAAACUGAGUCUAUAGGAAGCGCCCUCACCCAUUUAUGCAAGGAAGGACGUAUCUUAGAAGCCUACACCAUUCUUAAUGAAGUUGGCUCUAUAUAUUUCUCUGCUCAGAGGCAUUCUACUAUAUACAAUCAACCUCAUAAGUUGCAUAUAAAUGACAAGAGAUCUGUAGAUGUUGUUCAUUUUGGACCCAAAGCCUACUCAUGCGUCCCUACACUUCCAAGUUUUGGAUCCUCAAAUGUUCAUACAGUUGAAAACGUGGAGUAUGAGAAUCUGGAAAAGAGGCCUCAUUUUGAGGACUUUAACUUAUACUAUCCUCUACUUUCUUCCUUUUGUUCUGAAGGAAAUGUUCAAAAGGCUACUCAAUUAGUGAAGAAAGUAAUUUCCAGUUUGGACAGAGGCUAAUUGUACGGAAUAGGAAAGCAGAAAGUACUUCGGCUUCUUCGAUGCGGGGGAAAAGAAAAAGAAUUUCUGUCCACCAUGGGCAAAGGAAAUUCUCUCUGACCUGGAUGGAGGUUGAUUGCGUAACAGAAAUGGUCUUGAUUAUUUCACUUCAAGGGGUUCCCUCUCCACGAAUGUGAAAAGAGUAGCAUUACUCCGGACAGUGUGCUCGGAAUGUGUUCUAUUUGAGUUUAAAAUGAACAAGGGUGAAAGUUCCAUCAUAGGUCUUGACUGUUUUCCUGCCAAAUUAAGUUCUUGGGCAUCUUUGGUUGGGAGUGAGGUGUAAUGCCCCAGGCCCAGGAUUCGGAAUCCGGAUUCAGCCCCUGAUGGCCCCGGCAUUCUCCUGCGUCCUGGCUAUGUUAUCCCCCUUGCCUUGAAUGCUUUUUAAGAAAACUCCCAGGAAGUCACCCAACAUAGGAUUGCUCCAAGCUAAGCACGCUUAACUUUGGAGUUCUUAUGAUUGAGCCACCGAAAAGGAAGGUGCACCUUGUUGGUAUAGGUAGUAACUUUCAAUUCUUUUAACCCUUUCUUAACCAUACUUUCAUGUCCUUAGGAUCCCUCUCAUUCAGAUGCGAUAUCGGUUCAUUCAUGUACCCCUCCUGAACUCGGGUCGUUACAUACCCACCAGCUUCCGCUUGGUUCGUCCCCAAACCACAUCUUACUGGGAGAGGUUCCUCUCUGAUACCAUCUGUAACGACCCAGGCCCAGGAUUCGGACCAGGAUUUAGAAUCCGGAUUCGACACCUGAUGGCCCCGACAUUCCCCUGCGUCCCCUGCGACCUGGCUAUGUCAUCCUCACUUGCCUUGAAUGCUUCUAGAAGUGAAAGUUGUCCCCACAAACCAACACAGGUCCUUUCAACAUGCUUUGUCCUUACUCACAUGCAUCUUAAGAAAAUUCCCAGGAGGGUCACCCAACAUAGGAUUGCUCCAAGCUAAGCACGCUUAACUUUGGAGUUCUUAUGAUUGAGCCACCGAAAAGAAAGGUGCACCUUGUAGCUGGUCAAACAGGUCAUCGAUUCUAGGAAGCGGGUACUUAUUCUUAAUGGUCACCUUAUUCAACUCCCUGUAGUCUAUGCAUAAACGUAACGACCCAUCCCUUUUUCUUCACAAACAGCACUGGUGCACCCCACGGAGAAACACUGGGUCGUAUGAACCCUUUAUCAAGCAGUUCCUGCAAUUGAACCUUCAAUUCUUUCAAUUAUGCCGAAGCCAUUCUGUACGGUGCUUUGGAUGUAGGAAUUUCGAUCGAAAAGUCAAUCUCCCUUGGUGGAGGCAAUCCUGGAAAGUUCUUCCGGAAUACAUCGGGAUAAUCUCUCACCACUGGUUCAGAGGGUUAGUGCAACCUCGGUUUCUCUUGUGUCAACUACGCUAGCCAAGAUACUCUAG